UUCUACACUUCGAUCUGUUGAGGAUGCUGCGUCUCCGCCGCCGAGCAGGGAGCGUCUCUUCCGCAAAGGUCACCCGCGAUGAAACGGGGCUACGAGCGGCGGAGGGAGAGAUUGGAUCCAUUCCUCACACCGACUUGACAUUUGUUUCCACAGUAGCAGACGUUGCGUUUAUCGCACAUUCGCCAUUUCUCCACAUUGCGACUUUGCUUCAACUUUUUCCUCCGUUGCCACCUGAAGGUGCACACGGUUACCAGAGCGACACGGUCGCAGGAGGAUGCCAUUCAUUUGAAACGUGUCGUGGGUGUAGUGUUAGAAUGGAGCAGCGACUUCGGCGGCCGCCAUCGGGCCGUGAGCCUUUUGGACCAACUGACUGUGUUGAGAUUUCAAAUCAUGCCUUCGAAAACUGCCUCCGCCAAGCCCCGAGGGAAGGGGUCGCAGCCCCGGGAUGGGUCCGGGGACGAGCUGGAUGCCCCCCCACCAGAAAACAACCCCAACGGCGGAGAGGAGGCACCGCCGACAACUGAUCCGUCCCACGGGGAAGCUGCCGAGGCGGCGGAUCAGCGCAGUUUGGACGAGAUCCUCGGCAGCAUCCCUCCACCCCCGCCCCCUGCAAUGACCAAUGAACCGGGCGCUCCUCGCCUGAUGAUCACACAUCUAGUCAAUCGCAACUUUAAGUCGUACGCGGGCGAGCAGAUUCUGGGGCCUUUUCACAAGCGCUUUUCCUGCAUCAUUGGUCCAAAUGGGAGUGGGAAGUCCAAUGUGAUAGAUUCAAUGCUCUUUGUGUUUGGAUACAGAGCUCAAAAGAUCAGAUCGAAAAAGCUCUCAGUGCUGAUUCACAGCUCUGAUAAACACAAAGAUGUCCAAAGCUGCACUGUGGAGGUGCAUUUUCAAAAGAUCAUUGAUAAGGAAGGAGAUGACUACGAAGUUAUUCCCAACAGCAAGUUCUAUGUUUCCAGGACUGCCAACAAAGACAAUUCCUCAGCCUACCAUAUCAAUGGCAAGAAAGCCACAUUCAAAGAAGUGGGGGCUUUACUCCGAAGCCAUGGUAUAGACCUAGACCACAACAGAUUUCUGAUCUUACAGGGUGAGGUGGAGCAGAUUGCCAUGAUGAAGCCUAAAGGUCAGACGGAGCAUGACGAGGGCAUGCUGGAGUACCUGGAGGACAUCAUUGGCUCCUGCCGCCUGAAGGAGCCAAUCCAAACUCUGUCCCGCCGCAUUGAGCAGCUCAAUGAGCAGAGGGGAGAGAAGCUAAACCGAGUAAAGCUGGUGGAAAAGGAGAAGAAUGCUUUGGAGGGAGAAAGGAAGAAAGCAGUGGAGUUUCUCACCCUGGAGAAUGACAUUUUCAAACACAAGAGUCAGCUUUGCCAAUAUUAUGUCCAUGAUCUGCAUAAUCGUGUGGUGGAUAAAGAGCAAGAAAGGCAGAAGAUCUUGGAGGACACCAAGGAACUCACUGAGAAAAAUACAAAGAUAUCACAGGAAAUGGAGAAAAGGAACCAAGAACUCAAAAAUGUGGAGAAGAAACAAAAUAAGCUCAACAAGUACAUUGAGACCCAGAAGGAGAAGUUCACCCAGCUGGACCUGCAGGACGUUGAAGUGCGUGAGAAGAUUAAACACUCCAAGAGCAAGAACAAGAAACUGCAGAAGCAGCUGGAAAAGGACAAAGAAAAGCUGGAGGAAGUGCGCGGCGUACCAGCCAGCAGUGAAAAGGCGAUCUCUGAGGCAACAGUUCACAAGGAAGAGCUGGAGACGCAGAAGGUGAAAGAAGAGGACAAACUUAAAGAGGUCAUGGAGAGUCUGAAAGAAGAGACCAGUGGCUUGCAGCAGGACAAAGAGACCAAAGAGAAAGAACUAAUGGAACUCAGCAAGGCUGUAAAUGAGACCCGUUCCCGUAUGGAUCUGGCUCAGUCGGAACUCGACAUCUACCUUAGCCGCCACAACACGGCUGUGACGCAGCUCAACACGGCCAAGCAAACGCUUCAGACGACCUCUGACACUCUGCGAGAACGCCGUGCCGCCAUCAAAGACUUGGAGGUCAAGAUACCGCAGACAGAACAGGAGCUCAAGAAGGGUGAGGGAGAGUUGGAGCAUCUGAUGAAGAUGGAUAAUGACUCUAGAGAAGUGGUGAGGGAAAUGAGGCAGAAGGUUGACGAAGCCAAGAGUUCUCUGUCCUCCAACCGCAGUCGAGGAAAGGUCCUGGAUGCCCUCAUGCAGCAGAAGAGGCGUGGCACGAUCCCUGGCAUCUUUGGAAGAUUGGGCGACCUUGGAGCCAUAGAGGAGAAGUAUGAUGUGGCUAUUUCCUCCAGUUGUGGUGCUCUGGACAAUAUUGUGGUGGAUACCAUUGACACAGCUCAGAAAUGUGUCACGUUCCUCAAAGAACAGAACAUUGGGGUCGCCACCUUCAUCGGUCUGGACAAGAUGAAGGUGUGGGAGAAGAACAUGGCUCCCAUUCGCACCCCGGAGGACACCCCUCGUCUCUUUGACAUGGUGCGAGUGAAAGAUCAGAGUGUUCGACCGGCCUUUUACUUUGCCCUGAGGGACACCCUGGUGGCCCAGGACAUGGAGCAGGCCACACGAAUGGCCUUCCAGAAGGACAAGCGCUGGAGAGUGGUCACCCUGAAGGGGCAGAUUAUUGAGAUGGCUGGUACCAUGACCGGAGGAGGAAGAAUAAUGAAGGGCAGAAUGGGCUCUUCUAUCGGCACCGAGGUCUCCCAGGAGGAGCUGGAUCGUAUGGAGAGCAAGCUGAACGAGAAGGUGUCCACGCUGCAGGGCUGCCAGGAGAGGAAGCUGCAGAUCGAGGAGAACGUGCAGCGGCUCCGUCCGCAGCUCAGAGACAUGAAGAACACCCUGGAGAAAUACGCCAACAGCAUGACGAGUCUCGCUGACCAGGAAGCUCACAUGAAAGUUCAGAUCAAGGAGCUUGAGGCGAACGUGCUGGCUGCCGCCCCAGACAAGGCCAAACAGAAGCAGAUGGAGAAGAGCCUGGGGGCCUUUAAGAAAGACUACGAGGCUGCAUCCAGUAAGGCCGGGAAGGUGGAGAACGAGGUGAAGAGGCUCCACAACCUCAUCGUAGACAUUAACAGUCACAAGCUGAAGGCCCAGCAGGAUAAGCUGGACAAGGUCAACAAGGAGCUCGACGACUGCUCGUCCACCAUUACCAAGGCACAAGUAGCCAUAAAGACAGCCGGCCGCAACCUGAAAAAGUGUGAGGAGAGUGUGAACCGUGUGCAGCUCGAGCUGGAGGAGAACGAGAAGUCAAUGGCCGAGCUCACGGAUCUCCUGAAGAAACUGGAGGACGAGGCGGGUGAGAUCAUGAAGGCCUGUCAGGAGGCAGAGGCUGAACUCCCCGAGGUGCAGGAGCAGUACCAGGGGGUUCUGAAGGACAUCAAGGUCCUACAGCAGCAGGAACACGCCCUGCAGGAGGAGUCGCUGAGCGUCCGGCUCCGCAUCGAGCAGAUUGAGACCACCAUCGCUGAACACAACAACAAGAUCAAACACUGGCAGAAAGAGGCCAGCAAGUUGUCCCUCCAUACCGUUGAAGACAAACCAGCUGAGGAACUUCCUGUUCUCACUCCGGCUCAGCUCAAAGAAAUCUCUGAUCCCAAUGUGAUCAUCAACAAGAUGAUCACACUGGAGACCCAGUGCGCUCAGAUGAAGCCCAACCUCGGGGCCAUCGCGGAGUACAAGAAGAAGGAGGAGCUGUACCUGCAGCGAGUGGCUCAGCUGGACGAGAUCACCACAGAGAGGGAUCGAUUCAAGCGUGGCUACGAGGACCUGCGCAAACAGCGCCUCAACGAGUUCAUGACCGGCUUCAACAUUAUCACCAACAAGCUGAAGGAAAAUUACCAGAUGCUCACGCUGGGCGGCGACGCUGAGCUGGAGCUCGUGGACAGUUUGGACCCCUUCUCCGAGGGCAUCAUGUUCAGCGUUCGUCCUCCAAAGAAGAGCUGGAAAAAGAUCUUCAACCUGUCAGGUGGAGAAAAGACCCUCAGCUCUUUGGCUCUGGUCUUUGCGCUGCACCACUACAAGCCCACACCCCUCUACUUCAUGGACGAGAUAGACGCUGCUCUCGAUUUCAAGAAUGUCUCCAUCGUCGCCUGUUACAUUUAUGAGCAAACGAAGAACGCUCAGUUCAUCAUCAUCUCUCUGAGGAACAACAUGUUCGAGAUCGCUGAUCGGCUCAUCGGCAUCUACAAGACUCACAACACCACCAAGAGUGUGGGAAUCAAUCCCAAGACCAUCGUGUUCAAGGAGCACGAUGCCGUCACAGCUUAAACCUUGAGUCCGUCUUUUUCUGUUUUCUCUUCUCGCUCAUGUAAAUAUUUGUAUCUUGUCUUUAAAAAUGAAAUGCUGCUAUCAUUUAUUACUAUCUGAUCCAAUAAAAGUCUUUACCUUAA